AAGUAAAAAUUUGAAAUUCCUCGGUCCUCACAUAGGAAAAGAAGCGGUGUUUGAAUUUGAGGGGUGAAUGGAUCAAUCGUUCCUUGUAAUGGUCUCGAAUCUCCUCCAGCUCCACAACUCCCUGGACCCCACCAGCUCCCUCCUCUCCGACGCCGACGGCGCAUCCUCCCUCCUCCACUCCUCCUCCGUCGCCCCUCUCCUCUUCUUCACCAUCGCCUCCGUCCUCUCCUUCGUCGCCUCCACGCGCCCCUCUCCUUCCUCGGACUACUCUGUCUCUGCCUUCCGCACCCUCUCCACAGAACACAUCUGGUCCCUGGAAGCCCCUCUCCGCGACGCCCACUGGCGCUCCCUCUACGGCCUCUCCUACCCCGUCUUCACCACUGUCGUCGACAAGCUCAAGCCCCACAUCGCCCUCUCCAACCUCUCCCUCCCCUCCGACUACGCCGUCGCCAUGGUCCUCUCCCGCCUCGCCCACGGCCUCUCCGCCAAAACCCUCGCCUCCCGCUACUCCCUCGACCCCUACCUCGUCUCCAAGAUCACCAACAUGGUCACCCGCCUCCUCGCCACCAAGCUCUACCCUGAGUUCAUCAAGAUCCCCGUCGGCCGCCGCCGCCUCCUCGAAACCACCCAGGCCUUCGAGGAACUCACCUCGCUCCCCAACAUGUGCGGCGCCAUCGACACCACCCCCGUCCACCUCCGCAUUAACCCUAACCCUAACAUUUACCGCUGCCGCUACGGCUUCCCUUCCUUGCUCCUCCAGGUCGUGUCGGACCACAAGAAGAUUUUCUGGGAUGUUUGCGUCAAGGCCCCCGGCGGCACCGACGACGCUACCCACUUCCGCGAUAGCCUCCUCUACCACCGCCUCACCUCCGGCGAUGUGGUGUGGGACAAGGUCAUCAGCGUCCGCGGCCACCACGUUCGCCCUUACGUCGUUGGUGACUGGUGCUUCCCUCUAUUGCCGUUUCUGCUUACCCCGUUCUCGCCUAGUGGAAUGGGGACUCCUGCGCAGAACCUGUUCGAUGGAAUGCUCAUGAAGGGAAGGUCUGUGGUUGUGGAGGCCAUUGCCCUUCUCAAGGGAAGGUGGAAGAUUCUACAGGAUUUGAACACCGGUGUUCACCACGCGCCGCAAACCAUCGUUGCUUGCUGCGUGUUGCAUAAUCUCUGCCAGAUUGCGAGGGAACCCGAACCAGAGCUGUGGAAGGAACCUGAUGAAAGUGGACCUCCGCCGAGAGUCAUGGACAGCGAGAAAUCGUUUUAUUACUUUGGGGAAAACUUGAGGCAAGCCCUAGCUGAUGACUUGCACCAGAAGCUUUCCUCAAGAUAGUUGUUUAGUUGUUGGAUUUGGAUAGUUACUUGCUUUACUAUAACUGCCUCGCCGCCAAGAGGAAGGAGGGUUCAAUCAAACACAGCAACCUCAACCUCAUAGUGUGUUUUUAUGAUUUUAAUUUCUGCGCUUCUUGUCGUUAGUAACCAGGUGUAGAAGUAGAUUACUCCAUGAUAAGAUUGUUGGUGGUGUCUAACUGUAAUGGCAUAGCUCUAGUCUCGUGAAUGUGAAUGUGGAGGAGUGGACUACUAACAUUGUUUUUUAUUCGUAUGAUAUAUGAAAUGAAGUGUUUCAAACCAA